AUGGACGAUGAAUAUGAGCAGCAGCGCCAGCAAUUGGGCAAAAUGGGUCUUCUAGACAUAAUCGAGCAGCGCGAGAAAGAAGACCGAGUAGCGAUGGAAGAAUACAACGCCGCCCGCAACACCGAUCGAACAGCGGGCGAGCGCCCUGCACCCGACACCAAUGCCCAGCCGCCCCAACCCGGAUUCAAUCCAAACAACUACGGUAUGAUAAUGCCGUUCGACGUAUCCGAGAACCUCAUCACCGGCUGCAACAUCUGCCCCCAACAAACCGGCCUCAGCCGCUGCAGUGCCUGCAAAGUAGUCCACUACUGCAGUCCUGAACACCAACGCGCCGACCGCCCCGCACACAAAGUCUGGUGCAAAUCCAUCAAAAAGAUCACAUUCGUCCUCGACAAAGACGAAGCCGCCCUCCGAGCCCACAAGGGCGAUAUGGAUACACCACCCAACGCCUUCGAAACAGCCGUCGGCGACUUCUGGCGUUACAGCGGAACGAGGAAUUACAUGCGAUCCCGCAAUGAGCUCUUAAGAGAACUGCCUAGGUUGAACACCAAAGCCGCUGUGGAAGCUGCACUGGAACACGCGCUUGGGCUGAUGCGGUUGAAUCUGCAGGAUCCGAUGUGUGUGAGGAGUAUCACGCCGGCGUUGAUGCUUCGCUUGGGACGGGAUCAAGAAGCCUAUGAUUUCUGUAAGUGGUGGGUUACUAAGGGGAGUAGUUUGAGUUGUGACUGGAAGAAUGUUAGGCAGCUGCCGCAUGAGAUGAGUAGUGGUGGGGAUGCGUGGGAGAAUGUAGAAGUGUUUGAACGGGUUAAGAAUUUUGGUGAUGGGGGUGGGGAUCACUUCGCCGUGCCCAUUUUCUCUGAUUUGUCGCAUCUUGUUGCGGUUACGCUGGUCAAGGUACGCAUGCUUAUCGAUACAUUCAUACUCACCGAAGGCAUUCAACCACAGCGCUUUAGCGAAUUGAACACCAGCAGCAUUGUGUUGCGCGACAACAUAAGAGCAGGAGAUAUUGGAGAGGUUGAGAUCGUGUUCGAGGAAAUGAAAGACCAGGUCAAGCGAUUGUACCACGCAGUACACAGAGUCAACAAGCACUUUUGGCCUCGAGUGGUAGAGCCCCGGGCCCAUCUACUGAUGAAUCCCCUUAACAUCGGUAUGGGCGAGGAGACGGAGAUGCAUUUGGUCUUGCCGGAGUACUACUGUGCAUGGAGUGAGACACCAGGCGCGAUUGAGGUUAUCGAGGAUAUACUAGAGGGUCGCGAGAUUACCUUUUCACGCUCGACCGGAAGGGGGCUUUUUAAGAAAUAG